AUGGCCAACCAGCAAGCGCAGUUUGCGGAAACGAUUCGCUCCAUGAAAGUCGCGUUGAAGCGCAGGGCAGACGACUCCGAAGACGACCCCACCACCGCCAACCCCACCACCAACCGCGGCCACAAGCACCACCGCACCUCCGCCAACCUACACCCCUCCCGUCUCAACACCACCCUCCCUCGCACCGCCUACCGCAAACCCGUCUCCCACGCCGGCUACAUCCGCCCCAUCAUCUCCCAUAACCCCACCCUCUACGACCCCGACGGCGAUGUCGUCUCCCCCACCGACUCGGACGCCGAAGAGCGCGGCGUGGGCGAGGCGGUCGACGAGAACCCGUUUGGCGAUGUGAAGCUGGAAGAGUUGCUGCGUCCGCUGACGAGCGCGGCGGAGUUGAGCGAUCACCCGAGUUUGAGUCUGCCGUAUAAGAGUAGAGCGUUGACGCUUAUGGCGGAUGAAGCGUCGGAGAUGUUGAGGAGGGAGAGGGAGGUGCUGUGGAGGGCGAAGAGGUUGUUGAGGAGAUUUAGGGGAGAUGGGGAGUGGAUGCCUUGUGAGGCGUUUGAGGGAGAGGGUGAUGAGGGGAUGUUGGUACCUAGUACAGGGGACGGGGAGGAUGUGCCGAGUGUGGCGCUGGAUGCGGGGAGUAGUGGUGCAAUGCAGUCUGAAACUGAGGAGGGUGUGCCGGAGAAGAUGCAGGUAGACGAUACUGGAAACGGCAUGGGAGAAGAGGGUGUCGAAGCAGCGGACAUGGCAUUGCAGCAAGCAGCCGCCGAAGCCGAGAAGACCGCCGCAUCCUUCGACGGAACCACAGAAAACUCCAAGCCCGCAGACGAGCAACCCACAAACACCGCACCCGAAGACACCUCCCCCACCGCCCCACCACCCCUCGACACCAACCUCGACCCCGAACCAUCCACCUCCGACCCCACAUCCACUCCGACAACCAACACCCACGCCAUGACGACCCGCGCCCGCGCCCGCUCCCCCGCCGACAACGACAACCCUACCUCUCCCGCCCCCUCCUCCCCCACCGACAUUCCCCCCAUCCACCCCUGGUUCCUGCACCCUGCCACCGCCAUCCCCGCCCGCGACCUCGACCUCCCCGCCCCCGAAGCGGAAGAAACCCGCCGCAUGCUCCUCCUCUACAUCCAAAAACAAUCCCACAUCGUGCGCCAACUCUCCGCUCUCUCUACCUCCCUGCUCAAAGCCGACCGCCUGCGUAACUCGGUCUGGUGCUGGACGCGCGCGGAAGGCCAUCUCAAGACUAAUGCGAGGGGAGAAAGGGUUACCGAGAUGAGCGAUGGAGAGGAUUGGGUUGAUGUGGAGGGGUUGGGUUUGCGGGGGGAGGAUUUAAGGGUGCUGCCCGGCGGGGAGUGGGGGUUGGAGAAGGGGAGGGAGGAGGUUGAAGAGGAGGAGGAAAGGGGGAGACGGGGACGGCGGAGGGGUGUGAAGAUGUAG